CAAAAAGGGAAUGGACGCUCUCCCCGUCCUCGCGGCGGCUAGCACCGCACCUGCCGCCGCUGCCGCUCCCCCCGCCUGCUCGCCGGAAAACCAACCCCAACCCCUCCAUCACCCCAUUGAUCAGGCCUCCAUCCUCCAGAGCCACCCUGCCUCGGUGGAGAUUCCAGCAUUCGACGCGGACGCCCGCAUUCCCAGAUCUGACUCCGGGACUUCUUCUUCGACGCGGUCCUGCCUCAAGCCUGCCGCCGGUUCGUCGACAGCUAAGGCCGCCUGCACCAGGAGAGUUAGGUUCGCCGAAUCAGCUCUGUCCGCCGACCAAUCUCAUCGUUCCUGCUUUGACGCGUCUGCUGCUCCAACGAAAAUCACUCCGCACGGCCGGGAUGGGACUGCUACCCACCGACUUCAAUACCCAGGCCUGCGUCCCAUCACUCCUCAACGCAGCAAAUCCGCGGAAUCCGGCGCUGAAGAUUUGCCUGGCUGGACAACGGUCCAUCGGCGACUCCGCAAGAGAUUCAAUUCGCCUGCGACUUCAUUGAAGCCAACAACCGAGCAUUCAAGGUUCCGCCAUCUGGACAACAAAAAUCUUAAGGUAAGCCUGAGAGGUAAAUGCUUCCGAUGUCUGGCCAGAGGGCACUACGCCAUUGAUUGCAGGGAUCCGUUGAAAUGCUUCAACUGCGGCGGCCCUGGACACAGAGCCUGGCAAUGUCCCAAGAAGAUUAGUGCUGCUGCUUCUACCCCCUCUGCCUUCCCACCACCUCCCUGCUUCGACAACGUCAACUUCCCUCCUCUGCGCCAAGUCAACAUGGUGAAGCCUGGCAACCCCAUGGAGCGCCCGCAGGAGACUUUCGCUGUUGCCGCGUCCUCUCGGGACAUGGACAGCGAGCUGGCGCGGUUGAGCACCCACGCGGCAUGGGCCUGGCUCGGCGGCGUUCGACCGGCGACAAGCACCAACACAGUAAGAAGGGCUUUCUGCUCUAGGUUCAGGAUGCGCGAAGAAGACAUCAAGGUGGUGAGACACUAUCCAGAGGACUUCCUCGUCACCUUUGAACACCAGCAUCACCGGGACACGGCUGUGGCGCAGCGCGACUUCACCUACAACAACAUCGACAUCCGCGUCAGGCCGUGGCAGCUCCCCGUCCACGGCGACCACAGCGUCUUCGGCUCCCACGUGCGCCUGUGCCUGGAAGGCAUCCCUCUGCACGCAUGGAACGAUGGCAUCGCCAAGCGUGCGGUGGCUAAGUCCUGUGUGCUGGACUACGUUGAAGCCCAGUCGCUGCGAAUGGAGGAUGCUACGACGCUCAAUCUGUGGGCGUGGGCGCGAAACCCGUCUGACAUACCUAAGGUAACGUGGCUGACCAUUGUUGACAGGAGCAGCACUGCCCACGACGCGACACCGGCGGGGCGUAGCGGCUUAACCUUCAGGGUCAUCGUCCACCUUGAUAUGGUGGAAGACCCCCCUACCAGGGAUGGCCAUGGGCAUUCACGUGCGUAUGAUUGGAGGCUUGGUGUUGUUGACGGCGAGUGCGAACCACGUGACCGUCACGACCCUCCACCACCUCGCAGCAACCGUCGCAGGGAUGAGGAUGGUGAUAGUGACCGUCGUGGUCGCCGCCCAGGACGCGACGACAGUUGGAGCUCCCGGCUCUUUCGUAGCAUCUCGCGGGCUCCCAGGGACCGCGAGCGGGAGCGCUCGGGGUCGCGCCAUGGCCAGCGCCAUGACUCACCCAGGCGGCGUCACCACCUCGACGGCGAUCAGCAACUUCGUCACCACCUUCAUGGCGAUCAGCAGCCUCGUCAUGCCGGAGGCACGUCGUUGGUUACGCCACAUGUUGGCCGUGACCCGGCGAUUGGUCGUGACCCGGCGAUACGUGGACGCAGCCGUGUGCGCCGUUCCACCCGUGUUGCUGUCCGGCGUGGCCGUUCAGCGACCCCCCCACGGCAUCCUGCUCGCCCCAGAUUUCCACCAAGCGCCUGCAGUCCCGGCAUCCGCAGCUCACGCGGUGGUGGCAACGACGGUUCUCCGCGCCCUGCUGUGAAGGCUGCAGCUCUUCCUAAAGGUCGUUACCGCGUUGGCUGCGUGUACCGAAGGCGACCGCGCUUGGUGCCUAAGGGCCAAGUCGAUCCGGUCCCUGGGGCUGCUGCUGGCGACAGCAACCUUGCUGUCUGGGAUGGCAGCAGGAUGAAGUUCGCAGACAACGUAAGUCUCAUCCCAGUGCAGCGAGCAUUCACAACUAUUCUUGAUUCCCUUCCAACAUGCCCUGCUAUGCAGCUACUGCCUUUGGUGCAGUCUGAGGAGGACCAUGUGCUGUUAGGCUCUCCCUGCAGCACGGUUGCUGCGGGCUACAACGCCGAAGCUGUAAAGGACUCCAAUGUCGACGCUUCCUCUCGGAUGAUAGCUGCGGUGCAUGAACCUUCAACAGAUGUUGCUGCGGUGUCAACCACCGCGCAAAGCCAUCUACUCAACACCAUAUUCACCAAGCCCUCGCCUGCCAUACUCGAGCGACCAGUGCUACAUCCUUCGGAGGGGGUAACAACACCAGCGACCACUCUGUCUACUAUUCCUGCAGCACCUGCUAGAAGAAUCAAGCAGCGACACGGCUUCAACCUUUCGACGGAAUUUCAGGAUUGGUUCAAGAAGCCACUGACUGUGGAGAUGGGGACGGCCCUAGAUGCUCUGUUCAAUCUGGAUACGCCAGACACAGUUCGCCUCGACAAGGCCUUGCUGGGAAUUGCUGGAGAUGCUAUAGCUGAGAUCCAAGAGGAGGUGGACGCCAUGCAUGCAGAGGCCAGAGCAGUUACUGCGGCUUGAUUGAUGGCUGUUUUAGCUCCAUGUUAGAUGAUGAGGGUCUGCUUUUGUUAUGUCAAUGAGUCUCAGCUCAGUUUCUACUACUUUUGUGAGCACCCUGGACUGUAUUGGGUUGCUGUUUUGCUUCAGACCUAUAACAGCCAUGCUUGUGUUGGCCCUGGUGGCCCCUUUAUGUUUCACUGUCAUUAUUGUGCAGUGCUGCAAUUUCAUCCAGCUGUCGGCAAUUAAUCGGGGUGCUUUUCUCCUCCAUGUCUGACUUUAGCAUCCUGUGCUGGAAUGUUAGGGGUUUAAAUUUGCAAGCGCGCCGAGAUGCAGUGCGCGCGAUGAUCUCCACCACCACUUGCCAUCUUGCCUGUUUGCAAGAGACUAAAUUAUCAACGGUCGACAGGUCCAUUGUGAUGGCGCUUGGAGGACCAAAGCUUAAUAAAUUCAGUUUUAAACCUGCGGAAGGAAUUAGUGGAACACGGGGUGGUAUUCUUUUGCUUUGGGAUAGCGACCUACUCGAAUUGUCCAAUUUUACUAUCGGAGAAUUCCACAUAUCUGCAAAUGUCUCUCUUAAGGAUCGUUGUGCUUCCUUCUACCUGACAGUCGUCUAUGGACCAUCUUGUAGAGGCCGCAAGCCUGAUUUUCUAAGAGAGAUGAGUGCACAGAGGCCUCCUUCACCUUCCCCCUGGUUGGUCCUUGGGGAUUUCAACUGCACAUACAAAGCAAGCGACAAAAACAAUUCUAGAGUCAACCCUCGCCUAAUGCUUCUGUUCAGGCAAGCUCUUGACAUUUGCGACUUGAAAGAAAUUCCUUUGCAAAACAGGAAGUUCACUUGGAGCAAUGAGAGACGACAUCCCACUCUCGUAAGACUAGACAGAUUCUUCUGCAACUCUGAAUGGGAGGAGAUGUUCGGAAUAUUUGGUCUGCAUGCACUAUCAUCCUCGGUCUCUGACCACUGCCCGUUGCUCCUAUCCAAUACUACUAUGCCGAGGCGUCCACGUUCCUUUAGAUUUGAGAAUUUCUGGACCAAAUUACCAGGUUACCAGCAUACAGUUGAGCAAGCCUGGCUGGCACCGACCCAACAUCGUGAGCCUUUUCAUAGGCUGUACUACAAACUGCAGUUCACGGCCAAGGCGCUUAAGGAAUGGAGCUCCAAGUUAAUACCUGAUGCUAGACUCUUUAUGUAUAUGGCCCUAGAAGUUAUUCUAAGACUGGACAUGGCACAAGAAAAUAGGGGACUGUCCGACAUGGAAGUGAACCUCCGAAAUAGAUUGAAGAUGCGCAUCCUUGGCUAUGCGGUAAUUGAAAGGGCACGAAACAGGCAAAACUCACGCAUGCUUUGGCUUAAAUUCGGAGAUGCCAACACUAAAUUUUUCCACCGGAAAGCUGGCUCCAGGAGGCGAAAAAAUUUCAUUCAACGGUUGCGGAGCGGUAAUGGGUGGGUCUUCUCGCACAAUGAAAAAGCGCAAGAGCUACAAAAUUUCUUCCAUAAUGCUUUAAAGCGGCCAACCCCUAGAUCUAUCGACCUUAACUGGGACAUUAUCUCUGACCAGCAGUUUGAUCUAUCAAGCCUCGACGCGCCGUUCUCCGAGGAGGAAAUUAAGAGAAGUAUUGAUCUUUUACCAGGAGAUAAGGCUCCAGGGCCGGACGGCUUCACUGGUGUUUUCCUUAAAUCUUGUUGGACCAUUAUAAGACAUGAUCUCAUGGCUGCAGUGAAUGCUUUCUAUAAUAAUCGAUGCCUCAACCUCCAAUUAAUCAAUUCAGCAAACAUCAUUCUAAUCCCCAAAAAGGAAGGCGCGGAGGUAGCUGGGGACUUCAGACCUAUAAGCCUCAUCCAUUCUUUCAUUAAGAUUAUCACCAAAACCCUGGCUCUUCGUCUGGCGCCGAGAAUGAAUGAGUUAGUUUCACCUUGCCAAAGUGCCUUCAUUCAAAAAAGGAGCAUUCAUGAAAACUUCCUUGCAGUUAGAAGCGCUGUUAGGCGCUUCCAGCGUAUUAAUUCGCCCACGCUAUUCCUCAAGCUAGACAUUGAAAAAGCUUUUGACUCCGUCCGCUGGGAUUACUUGAUUGCCUUACUCCGCAAUUUGGGAUUCCCUGUGAGGUGGACUGACUGGAUCGCUUCUAUCCUCUCCACCUCAACAUCAAGAGUGCUCGUUAACGGGGUCCCUAACCCUCCUAUUCAUCAUGAGAGAGGUCUCAGGCAAGGCGAUCCUCUCUCCCCUCUUCUGUUCGUCUUGGCGAUAGACCCUUUGCAAAAAAUUCUAAAGAUCGCCGCGGACAGUGGAGCAUUGAGCAAGUUGGGAAACAGCUCGCCCAGCAUUAGGAUCUCGCUAUAUGCUGAUGAUGCAGCUUUGUUUGUUAAGCCGAAAAAAGAGGAUAUUGAGACAAUUGUCAAGUUGCUCACCUCAUUUGGCGAGGCCUCUGGUCUGAUGACCAAUUUUCAGAAGUCCAUGAUCGUCCCAAUCCGUUGCCAGGGGCUACCCCUUGAUGACAUCCUUAGUUGCUUCCCAGCCAGAAGAGCAACCUUCCCGAUCCGGUACCUGGGCCUCCCUCUCUCCACAACUAGACUCAGGAAGGAGCACUUCCAGUUUUUGGUGGACAAAGUAUUGAACAAACUGAGCAGCUGGAAUGGGAGAAAUUUCUCAGUGGCAGGGCGCUUAAAUCUGGUGAAAACAGUGCUUACCUCACAACCAAUUUAUCUAUUAACCGCCCUUAAUGCUCCCAAGGCAACGAUUAGCCUUCUAGACUCCAAAAGAAGACAAUUCCUUUGGGCUGGUUCUGAACGACUGACGGGCGGAAAGUGCAAAGUCAACUGGAAACGGGUGGCGAGGCCAAAAUCCCUUGGGGGCUUGGGAGUUCUUGACUUGGGCGCUUUUGCGCGUGCCUUGCGCGCGCGAUGGCUCUGGCAUAAUUGCACCUCAUCACAGAAUAUUUGGGACAACUUAGAGAUUCCUUGCUCUGAUGUUGAUAGACUGCUUUUUGCGGCAUCGACGACCAUUGAUAUUGGUGAUGGUUCUAAAAUCUCCUUCUGGGGCAACGCUUGGGUGAGGGGGCAAAGGCCAAAGGACUUGGCGCCUCGUCUCUUUUCUAUAUCAAGAAAUAAGAGGAAAUCUUUAGCGGAGGCGGUCACAAACAAUGCCUGGAUCAUGGAUCUUGCGCUGUUCGACAGACCGAUUACUCCCCACCACAUUCAUGAGUUCUGCAUUCUUUGGUCUGAAGUCCAAAAGAUCCAGUUUCACCCAGAGCGUGAUGAUGCCAUCACCUGGAAUUUCACUGUGGAUCACCGCUACACAGUCAAAUCGGCAUAUCAGGCACAAUUUUUGGGCUCUGUUCACACAAAUUAUGACCUCAUCAUCUGGAAGAACUGGGCGCCUCCAAAAUGCAAGUUUUUCAGCUGGUUAGCAAUUCAAAAUCGCAUUUGGACAGCAGAUCGAUUAGCCGCCAGGAAUUGGCCCCAUGAACCAACUUGCGUCUUGUGUCGUGCUGCCCAGGAAUCGGGGCUUCAUCUUUUUGUGGAAUGUCGUUUCAUCAAAAGAAUUUGGGAGGAAGUUGCUGUCUGGGUAGCUGUUCAGGGCCUGAAGCCGUCUAACUGGGGGCGACCCCCCGAGCUGGGGCAUUGGUGGGAAAAGCUGGCUUUUUUGCCGGGAUGCAAUAGAAAAGGCAUCAGAUCACUUUUGAUCCUUGUAAACUGGGAGAUUUGGCGAGAACGAAA